AUGGGCCUAGCGCUUUCUGAAGACAUCCUCUACAUGAAUUUGCUCAGCUCAAGCAUGGUCUCCAACAUCCAUUCUGACUCUGAGUUGCCAUCACUUGUGCUGAAAACUCGACUCCUUCUUCAACAUUUCUCAUUGGCAGCGAUCAAAUUGUGGAAGCAAAUUGAUCAAGUUAGGAAAUGCAGACAAACUACGAUAAAAGUAAUUGAGCAGAACGAGACAUUAAAUUCCAAUGAGACCGAGGAAGCAAGGCAAGUAUAA